CCGAGCGUGGACGGCUAGGCCUCAGUUUGAGGCCGCAGUGGACCCUGGGAAGUGUAGUUGUCUGAGACCCCCGUUCUCCCUGUUACGGGCGCGGGGUGUCCUGGGAGUUGUAGGGAGUGGGGCGGGCACUCUGCCCGCGACGCGCCGAGGCCGCGGUGGGUCCUGGGAAGGAGAGCUGUCUGAGGCCCGCGGCCUGGUCGCGGUCGGUCUCUGAGGCUCCGGAAGGCGCAGUUUGCGGGACGCUGGUUCGGGGUCCCCGUCGCAGAGCCGAGAGCCUUGCUUGCGCGGGCCGAGCUCCGCCUUCCACGCUCGGUUCUCCGCGGGCCCUGCCGUGAGCCAUGUCUCAGGUGAGCUGGUGUUUCCUUUCUUCCUCAGCGCGACUGUGUUUUCCGGACAGGGAACACAGGCUUUCCUCCCCCUGCCGCCCUUCUGGCGCCUAAGAGGACGUGGGAGGGCAGGCGGGGCCGGUCGCGGGGCGGGCGCUGACCGGGCGGCCGGGUCUUAGAGCGGGCUGUCCUGCGCCUCCUUUCCCCGGAAUUGGAACGUGGAGGGCUUCACUCUCUGCCCUCGCCCCCGCUGCCGUUCAUUCGCUGACUCCUGCUUCCGUUGGGCGUCUCCUUUCACGCCUGCAUCAGCGGUCUCAGUGCGUGAUCCUGGAUCAGCUCUGUCGGCAUCACCUGGUAACUUGCUGGACUUGGGUAUUCUCGAGCCUCACCCCAGCCUUGUGAACCCGAACCUGUGCGUGUGCGGGUUGGCAGUCUGCACGUUAACAGUCCUUCCACGUGAUUCUCCUGCACGGCGCUUCCUAGGUCCUGGGGAUCAGCGGGGAGCAAAACAAAAUCUCCGAACUCACCGAGCUCAUUUUUUAGGCAAGACGUGAAGUUUCUCUAGCAAGGAACCCUGAUUAUUGUUGUUUUGGUGGAGGCUAAAUGCGUGGCUGGCAAUUGUGCUUCACAGAGGUCGGGGAUAAGAAGACCAGCCCUUCCAAAUUAGUCCAUCUGGUUUUAGUGUCACUUCUCUGUCCUACUUUCUGUCAUACUUGUCUCCAAAGCCAGAGGCACUUCAACUUUUGCUGGAAGUCCAGUUUCCUUCCGUUCUGGAGAGCCUACUGUUUACAUUAGGAAACAGCUUCUUUUAUUAGUCAGUAAUCUAUAACAGAUUAUAGGCACUUAAAAUUUUUUUUAAACUGUAAAAUAUAACUCUGUCAUACCUCUGGGGCUGUUACUAGUUUGGGACUUUUAAAAAUCCCUGUUCAUGCCUAACAGCUAUGUGGGUCACUCAGGUGCUGCAAAACCAGGCUGCAAACAGGGGCUUAUUACUCAUCCUGAACCCAAGGGAAGAAGCUGCAGGUUCCACCCUGGGAGGCCCUUGUACUGUAGCCUUCAGCGUCUUGUUCGGCGACAUUGCUAAGUAUCACAGCUAUUUCUUCAGAAACGGGGUUAGCUGUGGUAAACUUGAAUGUGUACCCCUUAAUCAGGAGCUGCUGCUGUCUGCUACAGCCAGUUGUGCCUACGAAGAAAUUCUUGCCAGAUCAUAUUAAAAUAGGCUGGUAUUAAGGAAAAUAUACUCUCCCUAUUACACGUAAAGGGAUUGUCUUCAUUAUUCAUAAAGCGUGGUGAGAUCUUAAGAAUUUUUGCAACCAAAGCCAGAAAUUCAUGUUGUUCACAUGUAUAGUCCUUUAUCUUCCACAAAAUUGUAAAUUAUCUCAGGACAAAGCAUGUAUAUUUUUUCGUCUUUUCUCCAAUUAUACAGGAAAACAAAACAACUAGUCUCUUCCUUAUACUCUUAAUAAUUACUCAGAAUCUUGAAAACUGUCAUUGCGCUACUUGUAUACACUGUCCACCAUACACAGUGGGACUCAUUUCACUCCUUGAUCAGAGCCUUUGGGAGCAUGGGUGCUGGUUGUGCAGAUGUCUGUGUGUCAUUUCAGGGGUCAGUGACAUUCAGAGAUGUGGCCGUAGACUUCUCCCGGGAGGAGUGGGAAUGGCUCCAGCCUGCUCAAAGAGAUUUGUACAGACAUGUAAUGUUGGAGAACUAUGGCCACCUGGUCUCACUGGGUCUUAACAUUUCUAAGCCACAUGUGGUUUCCUUACUGGAGCAAGGGAAAGAGCCGUGGCUGCGGAAAGAUGCGAGCAGAGGUCUGUUUUCAGCUUCAGAGUCAAAUGGUGAGAUCAAAGAGUUUUCUCCAAAAAAUGUCAUAUACGAAGAUGAUUCAUCCCAGUAUUUGAUAAGAUCUUCAAAUCUUUCAUUUGAAAGAUUUCUAAGCCAAGGCCUUGAGUAUUCCAAUUUUAAAGAAGGCUGGAAAUGUGAGGGUGAUACUGAGAUGCUGCAGGGAAAUCAGGGAUAUAUCAGGCAAGUGACAGUUUCCCAUCAAGAAGCCCUGUCUCAACAUAUGAAUGUUAGUACUGUGGAGAGACCCUAUGGAUGCCAUGAAUGUGGAAAAACUUUCAGUCGGCGCUUUUCCCUUGUGUUACAUCAGAGAACUCAUACUGGAGAGAAACCAUAUGUGUGUAAGGAAUGUGGGAAAACCUUUAGCCAGAUCUCAAACCUCGUAAAACAUCAGAUGAUACAUACGGGAAAGAAACCCCAUGAGUGUAAAGACUGUAAUAAAACAUUCAGUUACCUAUCAUUCCUCAUUGAACAUCAGAGAACACAUACUGGGGAGAAACCCUAUGAAUGUACCGAAUGUGGAAAGGCCUUUAGCCGUGCCUCAAACCUCACUCGACAUCAGAGAAUUCACAUAGGAAAGAAACAGUAUGUAUGUAGGAGAUGUGGGAAGGCCUUUAGCAGUGGCUCUGAACUCAUUCGCCAUCAGAUUACACACACUGGAGAGAAACCUUAUGAAUGCAUUGAGUGUGGGAAGGCAUUUCGCCGUUCUUCACACCUUUCCCGGCAUCAGAGUGUCCAUACCUCCAAAACCCCCUAUGAAUGUAAUGAAUGCAGUAAAGCCUUCCGUUGCCACUCAUUCCUUAUUAAACAUCAGAGAAUUCAUGCUGGAGAAAAGCUCUAUGAAUGUGAUGAAUGUGGUAAGGUUUUCACGUGGCAUGCAUCCCUUGUACAACAUAUGAGAAUUCAUACUGGAGAAAAGCCCUAUGCAUGUACUGAAUGUGACAAAACCUUUAGUCGGAGCUUUUCCCUCAUUCUACAUCAGAUAACUCAUACUGGGGAGAAGCCCUAUGUAUGUAAGGUAUGCAAUAAAUCCUUCAGCUGGAGCUCAAACCUUACUAAACAUCAGAGAACACACACACUAGAGAACCCCUAUGAAUAUGAAAAUUCAUUUAACUACCACUCAUUCCUUGCUGAACACCAGGGAAUUCACACUGUAGAGAAAACCUAAGAAUGUAUGGAUUAAAAAAAAAAAAGCAGCUAAUGCCUUACUUUGACUUCAGAGAACUCUUGGAAAGAAGCCUUAUGUGAAUGUGCUUAUUGUGAUGAAAUGUGGUCUCUGCUUUAUUCAGUAUUCUAGAGAAAAACCCAAGGAAUGUAUGGGAAAGCCAUUAAUAGCUGCUCAUUCUUUUUGUAAUACCAGAAGAUGGAAUCAAACAAUACUAAGAAGACUCUUCAUCUGGUAGGAUUCCCUUAAUCUACAUUUGUAAAUUCCUAUCAGGAAAGGAUACAUGUCCAAUAAAUGUGAGAAAACUUUUAGAGAUUAGGUCUCAUUCUGCAUCUGUCAGCUCAGGACAGGACAGAACACAUGGGUAAGGGUGUACUUUUUCCUGGACAUCAGAAAAUUCAUAAUGAAGGAAAGUCAUACAAACAAUGAUUUGGGAAUGCCUUCAUGUACCAUGCAAUAUUUAUUAAAUUCUUAAAUACUCUUCUAAGGAGAAAAAGCAACCCUAUAAAUGAACUUAACAUAGAGUGACUUUCUGCAGUAUUUCAAACCUACAGAAUUAUCCUGGGGAAAAACUACCAUUGUAAUGAGCGUGGCAAAGUCAUAAGAGUUCUGAGAAGUUAUACUGGAGAGAAUCGGUGUGGGAGGAUUUUUUACAGGGGGAUGUUUGUUUGGGUUUUGUUUUUUUGUUUCAAAGCAAAUUCAGAAAAGCUACGAAUAAAUCUUGAUUCAUGGUAAA